GCGCGGCGGUUCGGGGGCGAUGGCGGCGGGCGGCAGCCUGAGCCGUUCCGAGCGGAAGGCGGCGGCACGCGCCGAGAUCCUGCAGCAGGAGGAGCAGCGGGACCGCCGGAGACAGGUAUCCCGCAUCUGGAGGAAGCCGCCGGCGGAGCGGAGCCCCGAGGAGUGCCAGGUGCUGAGUGAGAGCGAAGACAUCGUCAGGGAGCUGGAGCGGCGCCGCAAGAGGCGCGAGCGGCUGCGCCGGCGGCAGGAGGAGGUGUGCGAUGAACCAGAGGAGCUGAAAAGAAAGGUGGCUGAGCUGGCAGCAGCUGUGCGCAGUGCCAGGCACCUUGUCAUCUACACUGGCGCUGGGAUCAGCACGGCAGCUUCGAUCCCAGACUACAGAGGCCCCAACGGCAUCUGGACACUGCUGCAGAAGGGCAGGAGCAUCAGGGCUGCAGACCUGAGUGAGGCAGAGCCCACACUCACUCACAUGAGCAUUGCCAGCCUGCACAAGCACAACCUGGUGCAGCAUGUGGUGUCUCAGAACUGUGAUGGGCUGCACCUGCGGAGCGGGUUACCCCGAGCUGCAAUAUCUGAGCUUCAUGGGAAUAUGUACAUAGAGGUCUGCACUUCCUGUAUACCCAACAGAGAGUACGUGCGAGUGUUUGAUGUGACGGAGCGCACAGCCCUGCACAGGCAUCACACGGGCAGGAUGUGCCACAAGUGUGGGGCACAGUUGAGAGAUACAAUCGUCCACUUUGGGGAGAAGGGGACAUUGAGACAGCCCCUGAACUGGGAAGCAGCAACAGAAGCUGCAAGCAAAGCAGAUGUGAUUCUUUGUCUGGGUUCCAGCUUAAAGGUUUUGAAAAAAUACCCACGGCUCUGGUGCAUGAGCAAGCCCCCCACACGUCGGCCCAAGCUGUAUAUUGUGAACCUGCAGUGGACCCCGAAGGACGACCUGGCCGCCCUGAAGCUGCACGGCCGCUGCGACGACGUGAUGCGGCUGCUGAUGGCGGAGCUGGGGCUGGAAAUCCCGCGCUACGACCGCUAUGACAUGGUGCACUAUGGCCACUCGAACCAGCUGCGCCAGGCGCGGGCCAUGGGCGAUUACCUGAUCGUUGGGGUCCACACGGAUGAGGAGAUUGCCAAGCACAAGGGUCCCCCCGUCUUUACACAGGAGGAGAGGUACAAAAUGGUGCAGGCCAUCAAGUGGGUGGAUGAGAUUGCUCCUGGAGCUCCUUAUGUCACCACGCUGGAAACCCUGGACAAGUACAGCUGUGACUUCUGUGUUCACGGGGAUGACAUCACCUUAACUAUCGAUGGCAAGGACACCUAUGAGGAAGUAAAGACAGCAGGGCGAUACAGGGAAUGCAAACGCACUCAAGGCGUGUCCACCACUGACCUUGUUGGCCGCAUGCUGCUCAUGACGAAGGCUCACCACAGCAACAUAGAUGAGGACCUAGACUAUCGGAAGCACACUGACAACUUUGGGAAGGGGCCCAAAGGUCACAGUCCCUGGACUGGCGUCUCACAGUUCCUGCAGACAUCCCAGAAGAUCAUCCAGUUUGCAUCAGGGAAGGAGCCGCAGCCAGGAGACACCAUCAUCUAUGUGGCUGGAGCCUUCGACCUGUUCCAUGUUGGUCACGUGGAUUUCCUGGAGAAGGUUCACCAGUUGGCAGAGAAACCCUAUAUCAUUGCUGGGUUGCAUUUCGAUCAGGAGGUGAAUCGCUACAAAGGGAAGAACUAUCCCAUCAUGAACAUCCAUGAGCGAACCCUCAGUGUCCUGGCCUGCAGGUAUGUCUCAGAGGUGGUGAUUGGAGCGCCCUACGCUGUCACUGCUGAUCUAUUGGAUCACUUCAGGGUAGCACUCGUUUGUCAUGGGAUGACUGAGGUGGUGCCAGACAAGGAUGGUUCUGAUCCAUAUGAGGAACCGAAGCAGCGCGGCAUUUUCCAGCUGGUGGACAGUGGCAGCAAUCUCACCACAGAUCUAAUUGUGCAAAGAAUCAUCAAGAACAGGCUGGAAUUCGAAGCUCGCAACCAGAAAAAAGAAGCAAAAGAGCUGGCUGUGCUGGAGGCCAUGAGAAGGCUGGAGGAGGAGAAGCACUAGGCUGCAGAGUGUGGAUGUGUGAGCCACAGUGCUGUAACUUCAGCCUGUGGUAGAGCAACUGCUCUUUAGGAAAGGACCCCUGAAGGGGGGCAGCACUGCUGGCAUGCAGGACAUGCUGUCCUACCCUCUGCUGUCCUAGCUCCUCCUGCACUAAUUAUGCAGACAUAACGAGUUGGGAUUCCGCUGCCUAGUUUUAUCUCUGUUAAUCAGUCCCUGUCCCUUUACCCAGGAGGAGAUUUGACAAAAAAAAAAAAAAAAAAAGUUUUUAAUUAUAACUAAUGUUUUAACAUAUUGAUGUGCUUUUACCUUCUGCCAUUUCUGGCUCUUAGUUGGAGGGAAGUGGAGGAGCUGCCCAUGCCCCCUUGCCCUGCCUGACUGCCAGGUCAUCUGUCCUGACCGGGGUCUGCAUUCCAGAGCAGCCCCUUGGGCAGAGGUGCGGGUGGCUGGACACAGUGAGAGCAGCCCUGGCGACAAGACAGGGCUCAUGUGGUUCCUCCUGCAGCUUUUGCUUAGGAACAAGGGGCUGGCUGCCAGAGAGGGUGCUGGGCUCUGGGAUUCACUGUGCUGCCUCUUCUCAGCUCCUGCCCCUGCACAGACCCAGAGCUCUGGGUUGAGCUGGGUAAAUCCGUUGCUACCCCAGCGACAGGCUGCAAGGUGGCAGCUGCUGAAGAGGCAGGUGGUGCCAGGAUGCUGGGUCAAGGCAUUCCUCCACGAGGCAUAGGGAUCCUGGGGCCUUUUCCCAAAGGCUCUUCGAUUUGUGAGGCAGCAGGACCCGAUGCCGUGUGUGGAUUGUGCUCAGAGCCCCACUUGCUGCUGCUGCCAGAGCCCACCUUGUGCCCAAUGACUUACCUGAGGGCAGGACCUGGCCAGUUUUAGGGUUUUCUGAUGGCUGACAUGCAGCAUGCCUGCUUCUAAGGGGAGGUGCAGGGCUGGGAGAAUGAGUCCUAAGCUGUGAGCGCCUUUUGCCUCUUACAUUCCAGGAUACUGUGGUGGGUAUCCUGAGCAGCUCACUGCACUGUGCCAGGCUGGUGUCUGGUGUCCUCUCUCUUGUAAAUUUCUGUUGCUGAUCAUUAAUAAAAUGUUGAAGAGUU